AUGAUCAUUGUGGCUUUAGGUUUAUUAAGUUUAUAUUCGUUUCCUACAACUAUACAAUUUUUUGUGAAGUGUAUUUGGUUAAGCAAUGUUCUAAUGUUUUGUUUUAUGUUGCAUUUGUGGUACUUUAUACAAUUUAAAGAUUUGACUUUUUGUCAAAUUUCUGCAAGGUAUCGCUUGGCAGCAUGUUUAAAAACAUUCAGUAAUGGUGUUUUAGAAGCCUACUCUCAUAUCAAUGGCAUAGAUGUCAAACGUGAGGAUAGAACUGAUGGCGAAGAGUUGAAACACGCAGAUAUUUACGAUAAUGAAGGCGCACAUCAUAAAGAACACCAACAGACCACCUCUGCCAAAUAA